AUGACAGCACCAUGGUCAGAGACAACCUUACCAACCAUUUUGUCCCGCUAUCCUUUGGAAAACAUUUUCAAUGCCGACGAAUUCGGGCUCUUCUUCCAAUGCCUUCCAAAUAAAUCUCUGCACAUGAAAGGUGAAAAGUGCUUUGGAGGAAAGCAUAGUAAAGUCAGACUUACUGGGUUAGCUGCUGGCAAUGCCUUAGGAGAGCGCUUACCAAUGUUUGUAAUCGGAAAGUCUGUCAAACCUCGUUGCUUUAAAGGUGUCAAAACACUACCCUGUCGAUACCGUUCGCAAAAAAAGAGCUGGAUGUCUGGAGAGCUGUUCGAAGAUUGGGUACGCGAGUUUGAUCGAAAAUUUUCUGUCUCUAAACGAAAAAUUGCUCUGAUUGUUGACAAUUGCACCGCUCAUCCUCAUGUUGAAAAGCUGGAAUGGGUACAAUUAAUCUUCCUUCCUCCGAAUACAACGUCGCAUACUCAACCUAUGGACCAAGGAAUCAUUCGUGCACUGAAAGCGAAUUAUCGAUCGUUAGCAGUCCGCAAGUUAAUAAAAGCAUUGGAUGAAAAAGUCUCUAUCCCGAAGUUCUCGAUUCUUGCUGCUAUGUUCAUGCUUAGAAAAGCGUGGAACGAUAUUGACAACCAAACCUUUACCAACUGUUUUCAGAAAUCAGAAAUUUCCCAGAAGGAUGCUGAAAAUGCCAUCAACGAAGAUGACGAUCCAUUCAAAGACCUUGUCAGUAGCGAGGUAGAAGAGGACCCAAUCCCGACCCUCGAUGCUGAUCUCUCGUUCCAAGCUCGUACAUAA